CCGAGUUGACUAUAUAGCCUACUAGAAGAACAUAUGGUAACACAUCUUAGAUUACGCGUGUUUUUAAAAUGAGUUCAUUCCAUGCCAAAGCUCAUCUUUAUACAUUCCUAUAUUAGGAUGGAGCUCUGCCACGUGACCCACACAGUGGACAUCUCCAAGGAUUCCCACUGGUUGUGGAUUUUAAUAGCUGCUGUGACUGUUGAUGCAGCCUUCAUGUCGUGACACUCCACGGGGCGUGUUUUGACAAGUAGCAAAUGCCUUUUCAAAGCAACGCGGCGGUCACGGUGAGCUCCGCCUCCGUUCCACGUGCUCGCCUUUGCCUCUCUCAUGUCUCUGUGCGGCACGCUCGAACAUUUUGCAUAAAAUGUGUGUCAGUAGGGCAGCGAUCUCUCCGGCACAUGCAGAGCGCACAUGCACUAGGCGGCUUUUCACCCCGCGCUCGAAUAUGCACAUCUAAUACCCCAGCUCAAAUGAAAGUGCGCGGUGUUACACUAAAGCAGGCAGAGAAAACGGAGUUAGAGGGGCACGCGCGUCCAAAGGAACCACACGCGUUCUCAAUAGGGUCCCUUAGAAGCACUACCCAAGUCACCUGAGCGGGAUGUGGGUGUGAGGGGUGUGUGUUGUGUUAUCGGUUGGGUAGGGUGGGGUGCUCAAGUUUUGACAGUCCGUCCCUGUACACAGUGGUGGCAAGAAUUACUCUGAAUUCUUCACUAUAAGCUACAACACAGCGCGCGUGCCAGACCUGAGACGUUAUUAUACCGGCAAAAAAUAGAGACAGCGAGAAGGAACUGCAGAAAGCUCUGCGCACCUGACAGAGCUCGGGCUUUAUUUUGUGCACUUAUCUCCUGUUUUGUAUGCGCUUCUGUUUUUUUUUCUGUGCAUUGUUAUUUAUGACUUUUUCACCGGUUUCGACUCGCGCACUUAUUCGACACCUCUUUCACCUAAUUCGAUAUAUGCACAUUUUGAGGAUCUGAGCCUGACCUAAAUAUAGUAAUCGACAAAAAGAUCGAGCAAGACAUAUCAAGGAUGGAUAGCAACCCUGGAGGUGUUAUACUAUAUGCUGGCUCCAGUGGCAGUGCCAGCCCAAGCCCAGGAAGCCCAUCCAGUGGGUACCAGACCCAGUCGCCCUCCACACACUCACAGCCUUCAUCCCCAGAGGAAGUCACCUUCACAGAGAUUGGUGCUCUGAAACAACAUGGCAGCAGUGGGACCCCCUCCUCUCCCAAACUGGUCUUUCAGUUCCCAGAGAUCUACAGCAGCUCAACAGCAUCCUCCAACCAGAAUACUUACUCCCACCCCACUGCAGGAAAGAGGCCAUGUGGCUUUACUGGCACCUUCACCAAAGCAGGAGGUAUGGUCCUACUCUGUAAAGUGUGCGGUGACAUCGCAUCAGGCUUCCAUUAUGGAGUUCAUGCAUGUGAGGGCUGCAAGGGUUUCUUUCGCCGCAGCAUUCAGCAGAACAUUAACUACAAGAUGUGCAUGAAGAAUGAGAAUUGCCUGAUCAUGCGCAUGAACCGCAACCGUUGCCAGCACUGCCGCUUCAAGAAGUGUCUGGCUGUGGGCAUGUCCCGUGAUGCUGUGCGCUUUGGCCGCAUCCCUAAACGCGAGAAGCAGAGGCUGCUGGAUGAAAUGCAGAGCUACAUGAACAGCCUGAACGAGUCAGCCAGCUUGAACAUGGCUUCCUCCCCUCCUUGUGAUCCCCCGACCAGCCCUAUGGAGAUACAGCCCAAAGAAACUAUUGGCUCCAUGGCAAAAGCCUAUCAGGACAUCUUCCCAAGUGCUCCCGACCGCCUGACCAAGAGAGCAGCUGGCAUCAACACCAGCAGCAGUGUGCCAACUUCCUUUCAGAGCACCACCCCUCAGGAAAGCAGCUUCUCCCAUCACAAUACUCCUGCAACGUAUCACUCUGGAGUACCUGUGGGUUACACAGUAGCUGGUCUCUGCCCUGGACAGCAAAUGCCCAAUGACAACAAAUGCCCAAUAGCCUUAGUGGAUAAUGGUCACUAUCAAAACCAUGCUCCAUCCAAUCAAAUCCCAUGCCAGUCUACAGUUAACCCAUCUCCGCAGGCCAAUUACGGCAGUACUUAUGCAGCUGGGGAGAUGCAGGCUCAGACCUCAUGCCCGUGGAAGCUGGUUGCAGGCUCCAAAGUACUGGCCUGCCCUCUGAAUGCAUGCCCAGUUUCAGCGCCAGGCGUCUCAAGCCAGCAGGUGUGGGAGUCUUUCUCUCAGUGUUUCACCCCUGCAGUGCGAGAGGUGGUGGAGUUUGCCAAGGGCAUCCCAGGGUUUCAAGACCUGUGCCAACAUGACCAGAUCAUGUUGCUCAAAGCAGGCACCUUUCAGGUGCUGAUGGUAAGGUUCUGCUCGCUGUUUAACCCAAAGGACCGGACGGUGACAUUUCUAAAUGGGCAGGCCUACCCACUGGCCACACUGCGGGCACUGGGUAUGGGCUCACUGCUGGACGCCAUGUUUGACUUCUCUGAGAAACUGGCCUCCCUCAGCCUGGAAUCUGAUGAGAUGGCACUUUUCAUGGCAGUGGUCCUAGUCUCUGCAGAUCGAACUGGUGUUUCUGACACAGCAGCUGUGGAGCAGUUACAAGAGAGUCUGAUUCGGGCGCUGCGAGCCUUGGUUUACCGUCAUCAUCCUGAUGAUAGUGCACUUUUCCCCAAGCUGUUGCUGCGCUUGCCAGACCUGCGCACCCUCAACACUCUGCACUCAGACAAACUGCUCAACUUCCACAUCGACCCAUGAGCGACCAGCAAACUAUGAACUGACAUGACUGGUCAUUAAGAGAAUGACUUCUCAUUUAUCAAAAAAGAAUAAGAGUGGAUCAUGCUAGGAACAUUUCACCAUUUCAAAUUCAUGGUCAAAUUGUAAGAAUUAGCAGAAACAAUUUUGUGUGAUUGGAUGGACAUGGACAUGGAAAGAUGGUUGUCUCAACUGAUCAAAGACAAGAUCUAAUCUUCUUUCCAAUUUAUUUUUCUUCACACAAUGUCCAAGACUCUCAGCACACUCAAAGCGCCUCAAAUACUUUUCCAACAGACAUGGCUUUCCAAAGGAAGCAGUUUCCUAUUCAUAUCAUGACUAACCAGCUAACGUAUUGAACAAGGAACCAAAAAAUGUUGGUGUCCUGUUUGGAUCAUCUAUCAUCUGUUUUUCUAGCACAGCCUGCAACCAAGACCACAUAUAGAAAUAAGGAAUAAAGUAUAGGGACCAUUUAAACAUGAACAUCAACAUAAAUGGAACGAAUUACCAUGUACAGAACAUAAAUAUUACAGCCAUGUAAUUCAUGUCAUGUAGGUUUUCCAGUUGUUCAUCAUGUAUGUAUCAUCAAUGUUAGUGUAAGAUUAAAUAGCACAAUUUCAACUGUAUCAGUAAGCACAAGAACUCUGGUUAGUUAGUUCACAUUUUGAAAGAAAUAUAGAAAUAUUAUUCUUUCAUCCUGGCAAAAUGUAACUGAGUUGAUCAUUUCUGUUCCUAUUCUGUCUUGGACAUAGUACAUACAGUAUAUUGUUGUCUCUCACUCUACUCCACUGUUUAAUUUUUAAUCUUGAGAGACAAAACCAGCAGCAACAACCCAAGCAUGUUUUGUAGUUGCUUAUUUUUCUGUUUCCUUGCUGUAAAUAUUGUACGGCUGCAGGUAUGUGUGACUGAGGCAAAACAAUAUACAUCAAAGGUAUAUUUGAGAGAGUGGUGGGGGUUUGGGUGCCUUCUGAAGAAGCGUUGUGGCUAAUGUGUGGUUGUGGAAAAGAACCCUCACCAGGUGUGCUGAAGGAGUAAUGAAAGUUCAGAUUACACCAGCAGAGACCUCCAAUAGCCUUUACUGAGAGUUAGAGGUCUUAUCAAGACAUUUGGCCUGGAGUGCACAAGAUUUGUAUGCAGAAAUACUGGUUGUUCAAACAAUGUGAUGUAAUCAUGCUAAUGUAUAUUUUGUAAAUUAUAUCCUUCCAUAGAAGCAAGAUAAAUGAGAUUAUGUACAGUAUGUAGUAGUGUGCUGUUUUUCUACUGCAUGAUAUUCUACUCAUUUUAAUGCCUAAUUAAUGCAGGCAUUCUUAACAGAGCUACAGUGUAAAAG